AUGAAGACCCAAGGGACCAGUGGUAUUUCAACCAAUCCCCUUUUGAUACAAUCUGGACAACCAAUACAACAAGCCAAUGCCAUAUCGGCCAUGCAACCAGCUGGGACUGCUAUUCCACACCACAACGUUCAGGUUUGGACUUCAUCCCCUUCAGGACCCAUUGGAGUUCCGGGUCUCGUUCCUCCUAGGGGCAACGCUAAUCUGGUAACUCUUCCGCCAGGUCAAACGGUCCUUAUGACGAACCUUGUCACUACAACCAACAAUCCCACAAUGUCGAUACCAGUCUCUUCACCAAUGACAAGGCCUCAGGUGCAUGGAUCACAGAUGGUGCACACAGGUGGCACGGUUGUUCUUACUAGUACGGCUUCUACAAUUGGAGAUUCUAUAUCGUCGCAGUUGCCCACUUCCACCGUCAUUCAGGGCCCCAAUGGUCCGAUCUCCGUGGCCCUCCCGGGAGGCCUCCUUCCAAACGCUUCUGUGGGUUCCUUAACGGCAGCACCGACUGCAUUCGUAUCGACCAAUCCCGGGGCACUGAAUCCCGAUUCGACCACACAAAUACCACAGUAUAUUGAUACAUCAAGGACGGGACACUCCCAGUUUUCCACAAAUUCGGGUUUUCCAAACAUGGUUCCAAGUGGACCUCUAGUGUUAGAUCCAAAUGCUGUAGGUCUUUCCGGCACGAAUGCACAACCAAAAGUUGUGGGAAUGACCACAGUUCGGUCCCAGACGUUUGUUCCACCCGUCUCACAACAACAAGUAACACGUCCAUUUUUCCCCGCCACCGCUCCUCCAGAGAAUAAUGACUCAACACUCACAUUUGCUUCGACGGACUCCUCCCAGUCUGAUACUAACCAGACUUCCUCAAUAAUAACAGUCUCUUCCACCGAAGGAUCUAAUUUGACGCCAAAUUCUCCCGUUACGACUUCGGCCGUUUCAACUGUCGUUUCCACAGUCAAUUCUAAUUCGCCAGCCAUUUCUUCGCUAAGUUCUGCCCCAAUCCAUACAAUCCGAUCUUCGCCCGUUCCUCCUCCAGUAAGUAGUCCUUCAAAUCCUGCUAUUUCGAACCGUGACGCAUCCCCUAGUUCAUUAAACACUAGAGAAUCUUCAUCGGAACAUCAACUAGCUGUUUUCACACCAGCAUCUCUGGGGCAACUUAUGGCCGAUCUUGAUCAUCAACUACAGUUGGAUCCCGAUGCUCAAGAGGUUUUGGUGAAUCUUGCGAAUGAAUUCGUGACCUCUGUGGCGGAGAAGGCUCAAAAACUCGCAAACCAUAGAAACUCGUCUGUCAUUGAUGCUAAGGAUGUACAUUAUUGUUUGGGUGAGGAAGAUGAAGUGGAUUAG